CCCCCAAUAUAGAGAGACUUAAAUCUCAUUUUGUGUCUAUACAUAAAUUUUUUUUCUUUACUCUAAAAGGGUUUGGUUUGGUUUUGGUUUUGGGUCUAAAAAUCUUCAAGUAUGGGAAAUUGCUUGGAGUCAUGCUUAAAUAGAGAGCAAGAAAAAUAUGAUGAUGAUAAUAAGAAGAAGAAUAUGAUUUUGGAGCAACAAGAAAAAGAAGAUUUUGGGUUUGUGAAGGAAAGUAGUUCAAGAAAAGGGAGUCUAAGAUUGAAGAUUGUUUUGAGUAAAGAAGAGCUUGAAUAUUUUAUGGUUCAACUUCAAAACAAAGGUGGUAAAACAUUACAAGAUGUUUUGGAAGAGAUUGAGAAAAGUAGAGGAAAAUUACUUCAUCAUCAUCAUCAUCAAUCUCAUAAUUGUAAUUGGAAACCUUCUUUGGAAAGUAUUGUGGAGUGUUCUGAUGAGGUUGUUGAAAUGGGUAGAUGAAUUUAAUCUUUUUUUUGGUUUUUUUGGGUUUAGAAUGAGGUUUUUGAUGUGGGUUUUGAUCCAAAAUUGUAAUUAUUUAGUUAAGUUUUUGUCAAGUGGUGAAGCCCUUCUUAUAAAGUUGUUGAGACUUUUAAGACAUUUAAACACUUUUUAUUUAGGCUUUUGUUUUGCUUUAAACCCACAUUUGAAACUUAAUUAGGGUACUAAGUUACUUCUUUUCUUCUUCUUAUUUUUAUUUUUCUCUUUUGUGUGUUGAAGAGUGUGUUUCAUACCUAUAUAUAUAUAUAUAUACUUGUUUGCUUAUUCUCACAUCAUGUAAUAUAAGGCUAUUUUUGAGCUUUUUUAGUGAAAAAAAGUUACUUGUUGAUUUACUUGUUAAGAAAUGGUGAAAAAAGAAAAUAUUAUAACA